CCCAAGUCUCCAGCAGGGGAGAUCAGGAGAGGGGAUAGCAGCCUGGCUCUCUCUGUCUCACACACAUUCCCAGUCCCCCUGCCCAGACACAGCUUGGCUAGUGACUCUGAUGACAGUGGCUGGAGACUGAGCUUUAGGAUGAGAUGUGAAGCCGCUGCAUCUGGAUAAUGGAAAGAGGGGGAGAGAGAAGCUGAGCAUCCCCAGGACUCAGAUCUGCUGUAGGACUCAAGGAAAAGAAGGUCACAAAGCCGGAUCCCUGUGCAACAAGCUGUUCAGCACCACGGACAGUUGCCUUCUACUCAAGCAUACAAAAACAUCCCUGCUCGGCAUCCCUGCUCUUACGUGGGAAGCACUCACAGAAUGAGAGAUCAACCAGGAACCCCCUUGCUUUAUCAAAAGUUGUCAACGCACAUAUGACAAGACAAGCCGAGGACGCACACUGAGAAUUCAGCGGGGCACAGGACAUGAGAGGCUCUGAACUGCAUAUAUUGUCACAUAUCCUAGGAUAAUCCAGUAAUCUUACAUAAAGCUCGUCACGAGACUCCACAUCACUACUCUGCUCAUUACACGGUUGUACAAAUUUGUGUUUGCUGUCACAGACUGGUGCAUUAAAUACAUGCCAAUGCACUGAAGAGCAAAUCUGUUUAUAAUAGCCCUGUAGAGUAUGGUACCUCCCAAUAGAACUCAAGACACCCCAGUAAACUACAGUUUAUUCCAGUACCAUUCAAAGCAUCCCACUAUAGUACAGCUCACUUCAGUACCACUCUGAGCUUCCCAUUAUUGUACUUCUUAUAUCAAUACCACUUAGAACAUUACUGUAGACUCACCCCAGUACCAGGUAGAUUAUCGAAGAAUAGUACAAUUCAGAGCAUCCUGGUACAAUAUAGCUCAUACCAGCUCCACUCAAAGUAUUCAAGUAUAGCACAGUUUAUCUGAGUACAACUCCCAGCAUCUUAGUAUUAGCAGAAAUUAUCACUAUACUACCUUACUCAGCCUUGGACAUUGAAGUGCCUUAUUGAUGGCUCUCUGUUAAACCAGGUCACCUCCCAAUUCUGAGCGUGCAAGUUUAUUACAGUGUAAUCUACAGCAAUUAAUUACAUUUUACAGUGUUCCAUUAUAUCCCAGUAAUCUCUUAUUGAGUUCCAGUAUGCCUAAGCACAUCCCAGUAAUAUUGCUGAAUAUCUUUUCCAUUUCCAGUGUUAAACAUGAAAUCCCUGUUUAAUCUUGGAAUAGCAUAAAAGAACUGAGUUCACAAUUGUAUCAUCUGUGCAAUAGAGUAGAACAGGGUUCUAAUUCAUAUCAAUUUAUCUCAUUACAAAGCUGUUUUAUCAAAGAUUGGUAAAAAACAUUAACAGCUCAGAUUGAUAUACUGUAUACAUACAUUUGUUUCAAAAAUUUGUCUCUGUUCAAAGUAAAGCUCAGAAUAUCCUCAACUCUGUGUAUAGAGUUAUGGCCUAGUGCCGCCACUCCCUCCUGUUCAGGUCAGUCCAUUUACGAUAUAGUCCAGUACAGUGGUCAGGCAAGGUUGUAUAAGGUAUAGUUGGCUGCAGUCAAAGAAUGUGUGGGAAGAAUGGCUAAAGGUAAGGGGGUGUCAAGCAUGAGCCCCCCUAUCACUGAAGCAGCUGGUACACCAUUUACCCAUGCGUGAUGUGAGGAUCUGGGGAUCCCGUGGACUUGGGAUGGCUGCCAGAGGGCUUGUAUGGACCGUGGUGCUGGUUCUCUGCAGCCCAAAGCUCCUAGGAAUGGUUUUCAUGGAUAACAGAUUGUCAAUAGAGAUGUCUGGCCGGGUGAAGCGUGGCUGGGUGUGGAACCAAUUCUUCGUGGUGGAAGAAUAUACAGGGACAGAGCCUCUGUAUGUCGGAAAGAUUCACUCUGAUUCGGAUGAAGGGGAUGGCUCCAUUAAAUACACUAUUUCAGGUGAGGGAGCUGGCUCCAUCUUUAUCAUUGAUGAGCUGAGUGGAGACAUACAUGCAACAGAGCGUUUGGACCGGGAGCACAAGACUUUCUAUACCCUACGUGCCCAGGCUAGGGACCGGCACACUGACCGACUACUUGAACCCGAAUCUGAAUUCGUCAUUAAGGUGCAGGAUAUCAAUGACAGUGAGCCUCGCUUUCUACAGGCACCGUACAUUGGCAGUGUUGCGGAGUUGUCACCUGUAGGGACUUCUGUGAUGGUGGUGUCUGCUUGGGAUGCUGAUGACCCAGCUUAUGGGAGCAGUGCCCGGGUGGUAUACAGUGUUCUGGAUGGAGAGACGCACUUCACAGUGGAUAGUAAAACAGGUGUCAUACGUACGGCGGUGUCAGACCUCGACCGUGAGUCUCAGGAUCGCUAUGACCUUGUAAUCCAGGCUAAGGAUAUGGCUGGACAGUUAGGUGGACUGUCAGGGUCAACAACUGUCACAAUUGUGAUUACCGAUGUUAAUGAUAACCCUCCUCGAUUCCCUCAAAAACUGUACCAGUUUAGCAUGGCUGAAUCCGCUCCAGUAGGCUCAGUGAUUGGCCGAGUUAAAGCAGAAGAUGCCGACGUUGGUGAAAACACGGAUAUGUUCUAUCAGAUACAGCAGCAAGAGAUGGGAGCCAUAUUUAAAGUGACCACAGAUUCAGUUACCCAGGAGGCUGUGCUGAGUAUUAUAAAGCCCCUGGAUUUUGAGACUCAGAAGGAGCACUCGUUGGUGUUAGAGGCGCAGAAUCGAUUUGUGGAUCCGCGCUUCACAGACUUGGGGACAUUUCGAGAUCAGGCGAUUGUUAAAGUUUCCGUGCUGGACGUAGAUGAGCCACCUAAAUUUCAACCACUGGAUGGAAUUAUUGAGGUGCCAGAAGAUGCCCACAUUGGGUCUGUAAUUGGAGCGAUCACCGCCAUUGACCCAGACAAAGCUAACAACCCCAUAAGCUAUACACUGAACCGGACCUCUGAUGAUGGGAUUUUUGAAAUUGAUGUUGAGUCUGGUGAAAUCAGGAUCACUAAAGCUUUAGAUCGAGAAACCUCAGGGUGGCACAAUCUGACUGUUCAGGCACAUGAAACAGGAGACCCUCUUAAAGUAUCAUUUCUGUCUCUGCGGAUUCGGAUCCUAGAUGUGAAUGAUAACCCCCCUGAGUUAGCUACUCCACAUGAAUCAUCUGUGUGCGAGGAUGCUCUACCAGGCCAGCUCAUUCAGACUAUUAGUGUGGUGGAUCGUGAUGAGCCGAUGGGGGGACAUCGUUUCUACUUCAGACUUGCGCCUGAGUCUACUGCAGAGCAUCACUUCACUCUGGUCAAUGUUAAAGAUAACACAGCCUCUGUGCACACCCAUGAAAUGCCAUUUAACAGAAGAGCGCAGGAUAUGUUCAUCCUUCCUAUCUUGGUGGUUGACAGUGGGACACCCGCUCUAAGCAGUACAGGAACUCUCACCAUCCGAGUGUGCGGCUGUGACAGCUCUGGAACUGUGCAGUCGUGUAAUACCACCGCUUAUGUGAUGGCUGGAAGUCUCAGCCCUGGGGCACUCAUUGCUCUGCUUGUGUGUGUCCUGAUUCUUGUGGUACUGAUCCUACUUAUCUUGGCUUUGAAGAGGCAUCAUCAGGGCCACCUGACUUCAGAAGAAGAUGAAGACAUGAGGGACAAUGUCAUCAAGUACAAUGAUGAGGGAGGUGGUGAGCAGGACACUGAGGCAUAUGACAUGUCCGCCCUACGCAGUUUAUACAACUUUAGCGAUGGCAGUGAGGCUGGGGGAGAUAGUUCUUUGGCCUCACAGCGUCACCCACUGCCCCAGUGGUUCCCAGGUGCUGAGCUGGACUUCUCACUCUUCAAGGACUACAUCAGCCGGAAGGUGAGACUGGCGGAUCAGGAUUCAACUGUGCCUCCAUAUGACUCAUUCCAGACUUAUGCCUUUGAAGGCUCGGGCUCUAGUGCUGCUUCUCUAAGUUCAAUUAGCAGUUGGUCUACGAGCUCAGAGCAAGACUUCUCUCAGCUGGGUUCUUGGGGGCCCAGGUUCCGCCAGUUGGCUGCUCUGUACGCUGGACAUCGGGGGCAGGAAGAAAGCCCAGGAUCCUAGCCCCAACAUAUCUCCAGUUAUCAGGGUAACAAGAUAUGCUUUCAUUACAGGGGAUAACUGCUUCAUAUUUAUUACAUAUCAAUGUACAAAUACAAGGAGACCUAACAGAAACCUCUCAGCCAUCCCUUCCAUUAAAGGGCCCUACUACACUACGUAGCUACUUCAUCAUCCACACAUCAUUACCCAAAAUUUCUUGUCAUUAUAUACACAUAAUAAAUAUCCACCUCAUUACACAGCAACUACCAAAGCAUUUGUCAUUACUGAAUACCACACACACGUUAUUAUAGGCCAAUAUAUCAUUAGCUAAACUGCUACUGUCAUUGUCUUCAUAGAGAGUGCUGAUAUGAUAUUGUGCUCUAUCAUUAAUUAUGCCACAGUAACCAGUAACCAUCCUUGCACCCAGGUCAAUAGAUGGUCAUUGCUCUCAUAACAGUACCUAAAACAACACCCAGUUCUUUUUAUCACCCUAGCCAGAAUGUUGCUCUAUUCUGUGGCAGUUAUCAUAUUCCAGCCACAGCGGAAUCUAGCAGGGUAACCUCAGGGGAAUGGCUCUCAAUCCAGAGGAGGACAUAGUAGUAAGAGUGGAUUUGUAAAUAGUCUUUCCUGGAACCACUUCUCGGGCCUGUGGAUUUUUCCCCAGAGACUUAACACAGAGACUAAGCGUCCCAUAAUGCAGUGCAGCCAAACCCAGAGGCAAUGUAAUUUAUCAUAUUUGUUCAGAAGACAGAAUAAAAUUUUUUUCUUUUAA